UGUUUAGAAAAGGCAAUUUAAAAAAUUUUAAAAAUUAGACUAGAGUUUUUAAUUUCUCAUAAAGAAUUAUAAUGAGAUAAGUAAUGCAUACAUGUAAACUCUUAUGGAAACGUUAGUUUUAAUUCCAAGUUUGUUUUUUAUCAUUACGAUACUUGGAUACAUUAUACCUUAUAUAAUUUCUACGAAAAAUGGUCACGUAAAAUUCAUAUUUCCUGCUAUAAGUGAUACUGGAAUAAAUUUACCCGAAUCGUUUUUUUUUCGUCAAUUACUAAAUCUGUCAGGAUUUUUAUCAAUAUGCAACGUAUUUGUACGCUACGAACAAUGUAGCUUGCAUUUAGCUCAGCUGAAUGAUUCAAAUUUGACUUUAAUUAAAAAAAUUAACUUUUGGUGCUUAAUUAAUGGCAUUGUCGGUGGCAUUGGUGUAACAUUUGUUGCCAAUUUUCGAUCAGAAAAAGUUUCCAAUUCUUUAAACGCUGAACAAAUAUAUAUUAUAUACGAGCGAUCUAUUCACCACUUGGCUGCUUUUCUUGCAUUUGGAACAGGACUAUUAUAUUGCAUCUUACAGACAUUUUCAUCGUACCGAUUAGUUUCUUAUAAUAUAAAUACUAUUACAAUAUGCUACCUGAGAUUAAUCAUUACUUUAAGUGCAGUAUUUAAUUUUCUAGUUUUUAUUAUUGGUAAAAUUGUACUAAAAUUUGUUGAAGAAAACAAUAGCUUAAGGAUUAAAGAGGAACCGUGGUUGCAACUUCGCAUUAUAUCAAAUUUUUCAGAAUGGUUAAUGUGCUUAAGUUUCACAACUUUUGCACUUACGUUUAUAUACGAGUUUCAAAAAAUUGAAAUAAGAGCCAAUUUUAGACACCCUGAUAACUUUUCUAGCUCGUCUCACUCAAUCAGCUUACCGAGCUUUUUAGCAGAAACUGAGCAAAGGUCCAGUUAACAAAAAAUAAACAAACAAUGGAAUAAUACAAGUAAUGUUUAAGUUUAUUAUUAGCCUAUGUAGAGGCUGCAAACAGUUUUUUUUAUAAUUAGAAAAACUAGCCUGUCAUACAAACACAGUAUGAAAACAUUUUUGAUGUUGAUAAAAGAAUUAUUGAAAAAACUGAUUAAAAAGUAGAGUCCUUUUUAACACUAGAUUUUUUACUAAAUUAUUUUAAAAACUUUGGUAUGUUACUAAAAGAGUAGAGAACGUUUUCUUAACCAUCAGAAAAAUACACGCUAAGAGUUGACGGAAUGUUAGACUAAGAUUCAAUCGAAAACUUUUUGAUUUUUAUCUUCUUUUUGAACAUUUAACGGCUUCUAGAUCUUCGUCGUCGACGAGGAGAGCGUGAACGAGAUCGUUUUAUUGGCGGUGAAGGUGAGAUGGAACGUGAUCUAAAAAUGAUAAAACAAAUAAAAAUAACCAAAUAAUAAUAUUUAAAUAACUUUUUUACUCUUCUAAAGAAUUAGUUAAAUCUUUUAUGAAUGAUAAUGAAAAAUUACAACAAUAUGGUCGCUAGUCACAACUUUUAGUCGAAAUAAAUAAGUCAAAAACAUCAA